AUGGCCCCUGAAGCACACACUAUCAUGAUUAUUGCUCUAACUAUUGAAUUUGUGGUAGGAAUAGCCCUAAAUCUGCACAUCCUGUUUGUUCAUUUAGGAAACCUAAAAAAUGGCCUCUCACUGGGCCCUUCUGAUAAGAUCCACCUCACCAAGGCUCUGGUCAAUAUCUCUCUGCACGUGGCGAUGACCGCACAAUGUUUAAGACAUGUUUUUUGGCCCCAUGUGUAUUUGAAAUAUUUUUUCUGGGUUAUAAUAGUUAUAACUUUCUUAAACUUUUAUAGUUAUUGGCUGACGGCCUUACUCUGUGUCUACUACUGCACUAACAUCACCACCUGUGGUCACCACAUCUUUGUUUGGCUGAAGAGGAGUCUCUCAUCUUACCUGCUGCACAUCCUUCUAGUAUCAGGACUUGGCUCACUUACCAUAAGUAUUCCAGAAAUUUGGAUUUGUAGCAAAAAGUCUGCAAGCAAUAGUACAUAUCAUUGUAUUAGUAUCCGGGGGGCAUUUUUUGAAAAUUUUGCAUACAAAACAAUAUCCUCCAUGCUGGGCUGCUUCUUACCCUUCGCUAUAGUUUUUGUCUCCACCACGUUCCCCUCGUGGUCUCUUCUCAUUCACAUGUGGAGAAUGAAGCAGAACAAUCCCGGGUUUACUCAAUCUAAUUUCCAAACCCAGAUUAAUGCUACAAGAACCAUGAUCCUGUUCCUUCUCAUUUUUGUUAUUUGCGGCGUGACACAAAUGUUUUUCAUUAUCCUUCGGUCAAACGAUUCUGAUGGCGUAAUGAUAGCAAUUUGGUUUAUUAUCUUGUCCUACCCAAUGUCAGAAGCCAUUGUCAUCAUCCAGAGCAGCGCCAAGCUUAGGAACAGCCUUCUUGAGAAAUUCUUUGAUAGAAGUAAAAGAAACGGUGAGGCUAAGACCUGA